GCAGAAAGAUAUCCCACACGUUAGGAUGGCGACGGUGCAGCUUCCGGUGUCCGUGACGGCAUCAUCCGCGACAGACAAUAACGGUCCAGCAGUCGCAGCAGUAACGACGACAGAAGGAGGUGGUGUCUUACCAAAGGCGAAGAAUCGUCCCAAUGCGUCCAAGUUUACCCAACAAACUCUGCCGGUGUGGACGCCCAUUUUGACGCUGCGGUGGUCGGUGGCAGUGUUGUUGCUUGGCACCAUCGUGUGCUUGACACUUGGAGGUCUUGUGCUACAACGCUCAAGGAACAUGAGUGUGUACCGUGUGGUAUAUGACGGUCCGUCGUCCGCUACGGCCGUGGUCGAGUCCGAGCAGUCAGGCGGCACAGUGGUGCACGUGAGCAAGUGCCACCUGGCGUCGCCACACGAUGCCAACUCGUUCUCAGGCUCCAAGACGUGCUUUGUAACGAUCACACUGCAGCGGGACAUCGCAGGCGAUACCCUCGUGUUUUAUGAGCUGAGUCCAUUCUACCAGAACCAUCGACGAUACAUGACUUCGCAGCUCCCACAGCAGUACAUGGGCGGAUGGCAAGCUGGAGACACGACCACAGCGUGCGACCCAGUGCUGACGUCCCCCGAUUCGUUGCUGUGCAACGGAACCGUGUGUUAUGGAGCCAACGUUUCGCGGCAGCAUUACCCGUGCGGGUUGGUGGCCAACACAAUGUUCAACGACAUCUUUUGGCUACACAAUGGAACGCUUCCGUCAGGCCAACAGCUCUACCCCACCGACUUGCUCCACACGGGCAUUGCACGCACGUUCCAAUCGUACAACUUUGCAAACCCUUCGGGGGGACUUGACCUGGAUUCGUUCCUCCCCAUUUGGCACAACCCCAACUACAGCCGCAUCAUUCCGCCUCCGGGAACGUCCUUGCCUCCUCAGAUUACGUCCGACUACACCAACAGUACGGCGUGGACGACUUUGGCGCCUGGCACGGGGGUCGAAAACGAAUUCUUCCGUGUGUGGGUCAACCUCGCAGCGGGCAAUGUCGUGCGCAAACCGUAUGGCCGCAUUGGCGUGCGUGACCUUCCCGCCGGCACCACGCUCACGUUUGCUGUCCAAUCCAACUUUUUCACCGAUGGCACGAAAGCGAUUGUGGUGGGGGAAAUAGCCUGGUUUGGCAGCGAAAACGUGGCGCUGGGGGUGGUGUUUCUCGUCGUGGGCAGCUUGUGCUUGGUCGCGACGGUGGUGUUUGCGUACAAAGCCAUCCGCAACCCCCGACGACUCGGCGACGUCACCACGCUCAAGUGGAAGUUGCACUAACACACAGUGUGCUUUGACUACUGAUACACUGUAAGAACAGUGUCGCAGCUCAUAACUUGGUGUCGAGCAAAUAAUGAAACAUUCCAUGAGUUGGGGGGUAGUGAUGCCGCCUUUUCAACGUGGGUUCAAGGGCGACUUUACUAUUGAC